AUGACACCGCCGCACAAAAAGCAUAGAUUAAGUGAAGUUAAAGCCAAGCUUCAGCAAGUUAUAUCGAGUUUGGGGCAACUGGAGCAACAGAGCAGCGGAGCAGGGCGCGAUUUCGAUGUGCACCGGGCGGAGGAGCUGCAGCGGAGCACGGCAACCCUGCUGGAUGAACUUGACCAAAUACCGGCCCAACAAGUAGUCGACGAACAAAAACAAAGAAAACGCCGGCGACGCUUAAAUAGACGAAGCCAAAAGCGGGUGAUACGGGCAACCGUCGAAUCGGAGGCUGCAGAACAGAAGUUCUCCAUAGAACCGCCCCGAAAUACCGCACUGGAAGAAGCGAAGCACAUAUCCCUGCGAAAACAACGCGAUGCAGCCUCCAUUUUGGAGACCUUUGAUCUUCUGGAGAAACUAUGCGAAUCUCGUGGAGGAGACAAAGCCGCCCUUUGCCAAAAACUGACCCACAUGCGUCUUGUUUGGCGGAGAGUCCAAGAAGAGACUCAAGCUGGUCAUGUAAAGGAGUCCAAAAAGAUGGCUUCACUUGAAUCUCAAUGGAAGACGGUGUUCUUCGGCCAAUCCUUGCCAUCGGCUAAAUUUAAUAAGGGGAAAUUUCUUGAAAUUCGCUCCACAUGGGAUUCUUACAUAAGCUACUGUGGAAGAGGCUCCUCUAUACCCAGGGGAUGGGUGCUACCGCCAACAAAUCCCACAGCUCAGUGGAUACCCUACCGAUUAUCCUUAAGUUAAUACCCUAGAAACCUUUCCAAAGCCCACACUCCUUAUAAAGCAGCCAGAUUAUCUACUAA